AUGGUAUCGAAAAUUGAAACAUCAGGUUUAUACUAUAAUAAAGAUGCAAUAUCAUGGAACUUAAUUGAUAACGAAGCAGAAGAGGCUGAACGGGAUGUUAUCAAUUUUCAUGAAACCUUAGAUGGAUAUAAACGUACACCUUUGACUGAAUUACCAAACAGCCAUGACUUUGGAGUAAAGAAGGUUUUUGUGAAGGAAGAGUCGUCUAGAUUUGGGCUUCCUUCGUUUAAAAUUUUAGGUGCUUCGUGGGCAAUUUACAAAAUGCUAGUCUCUGAAUUUAAUUUGCCCCGCAAUUCAUCAUUCACUACCUUAAAAAAUCAUAUAAGGAGUGAGAAUUUAAAUGAUGUGAUUUGCUUGGUUUGCGCCACAGAUGGUAACCACGGUAGGGCAGUUGCAAGGGUAGCAUUUUUAUUAGGUGUCAAAUCAGAGGUGUAUGUACCUUUCAAUGUCUUACCGUCCGAAUGCGAAAAGAUAAGGUCAGAAGGCGACACGAACCUCACAGAGAUAGGAGGGGACUACGAUGAAGCUGUUGAUAAAGCAUAUCAAUUUUCAUUCCAAGAUAAAAACAGAUAUUUUAUUCAGGAUACAGCGUUUGCGAAUUAUUCUACUAUACCAAAGAGUAUCGUAGAAGGAUAUAAUACACUACUCAAUGAAAUUGAUCUGGAAGUUGUUGGACAAACAGGAACCAAUCCAAGUCUAGUCGUAUGCGGUGCUGGCGUGGGUUCCUUUGCACAAGCAGUUGUAGCUCAUUACAGGGCAGGCUUUAGAAAAAACUCUGAAACUAAAGUAAUGAUUGUUGAGCCUAUGUUUUCUAGUUGCUGCAAUAAAUCUCUUACUUUAGGUUUGCCUUCAAAAUGUGAUGAGAUACAAACUACACCCACUAUUAUGGAUGGUUUAAACUGUCCUACAAUUUCUGAAUUGGCAUUUCCUAUUUUAAAACUGGGACUUUCUUUUUCUCUGCUAAUUGACGAUGUUGAAUGUCAUUCUGCUGUUGAAGAAUUAGCUCGUUUUGGUAUCGCAACGGGACCCUGUGGUGCAGCACCGUAUGCAGCCCUCAAGAAAUACAUUAAGGAAUUAAUUUCUGCUGGUCAUUUAAAGGAAACUGAUUCAAUUGUUCUCAUAUCUACUGAAUAUAGAAGACCAUAUAAUGUUCCUAUCUGA